AUGGAGGUUGAUUCUCUCUAUUCCUCGCCCACAUCUCGACCCACGGCUCCUUUAAUCAGUCCCGCCCAGCGCAUUACCGAGUUGAACGAAAUCGAUCAAUCAAUUUCGACUCUGCUUUCAGCUGCUUCGGACGCAAUUGGAGUGCUGUCAAACUCUCCUCCCUCGGGUGUUGCAAGAAACCCUCUCCACGACUCCACCACAGCCCGCUCUACGUUCACAGAGGCUGCUUCAACGUAUUUCUCAACGCUUUCAUCGAUCCAAGUCCGACUUCGGCGCCAGGUCUAUGCUUUAGAAGAAGCCCACUUGGUGAAACCUGGAGAUGAGGCCGAUGCAAGGAGAGGCAGGAAGUUUGCAGGGGAUACUGGUGUCUCAAGAGUUGGAGGUGGCUCUCUUGAUCCCAGCUGGUUGAAUGCAAGGGUCAGCGAUGAUGUCGCCGAGGGCAUGAAGCUGGAAAUGCUGUCGCGAACGGUAGACUUCAUCAAGCGGUCAGAACGAAAUGCAGAGAGUCAAAGCGAAUCAACCACUUCCAGGCUAUCUCCGAGAGCGACCAAGGACCCCAACAUCCACUAG